AAUGACAGUGUAGACUACGUACCAAAUGAAAACAAACAGAAAAUAUGGAGCUGUUGUCUGCUCUUGGUGUGUUAGCGACGUGACCUAGUUAUUAGUUGCAUGUAGACGUCUCAUCAGAUCUGCUGGACAUAUCGAACAUUGCAGUAUAACGUUUACCGUGCCGGAUACUUCAGUAUAUGUCGUGAAUAUCAAAUGGGUGAUGAUCUCCACAUGCCGUAAUGGACAACGAUCUGAGCUCACAGGACAAAAAGGACCUGGACAAAUUCAUUAAAUUCUUUGCAUUGAAGACUGUGCAGGUCAUCGUUCAAUCUCGUCUCGGAGAGAAAAUAUGCACGCGCUCAUCAUCUUCACCCACUGGCUCAGACUGGUUCAAUUUAGCCAUCAAAGAUAUUCCUGAAGUGACUCAUGAAGCCAAGAAAGCUUUGGCUGGACAGCUACCCAGCAUUGGGCGCUCCAUGUGUGUGGAAAUCUCACUCAAGACUUCAGAGGGGGAUUCCAUGGAACUUGAGACAUGGUGUCUUGAAAUGAACGAAAAGUGUGACAAAGACAUCAAAGUCUCUUACACUGUUUAUAAUCGCCUUUCAUUACUCCUGAAGUCACUGCUGGCUAUCACAAGGGUGACCCCAGCCUAUAAGUUGUCUCGAAAGCAAGGCCAUGACUAUGUCAUUUUAUACAGGAUAUAUUUUGGGGAGGUUCAAUUGGCAGGACUUGGAGAAGGAUUCCAAACGGUCCGUGUGGGGGUCGUGGGCACACCCAUAGGCACAAUCACCCUGUCUUGUGCCUAUAGGACUAACCUGGCCUUUAUGUCUACAAGGUGCAGAGACUCGCAGUUUGAAAGAACGGCCCCCAUCAUGGGCAUUAUCAUCGAUCACUUUGUCGAGCGUCCCUUUGGAAACGUUGGCCACAUGCAUCCAUGCAACUACAGGGCUCCCGGGGAGGAGGAAGGAGGUUAUGCAGGAGUAGAGGAUUCCCAGGAGGUGUGCACCACAUCUUUCUCCACCUCUCCACCCUCUCAGUGUGUGGUCACUGUAAGUAAGGCCCAUUUAAAGACGCCUAAGCCAGUUCUGGUGAACACUCUGAAGGUCCCGCUGAUGGGCUUGGCCUUUUCGCACCAACUCUACAGCUCUCGACUUUCCUACCAGCCUCCUGCUUUGGGAGCGGCCGACCUUUGUAACCCUGCCACCUGUGGUGGUGCCCAUCCUCACCAGAUGGCAGUACCUGGAAAGGAGGGUGGAGUUCCCCAGGUGCCCAUGCAGCCCUAUCACGGAGCCCAGGCAGAGCACGGCCGGAUGCCCUCCUGCCCCGCUCAUGACACGGCCCACCACAUCCCUGCCACCCCUUCAAGCAGUGGAGAGGAUGCAGAGACAUGCUCCAGGAGCAGUGAACAGAAGAGUGCCGGUCUAGCAGACACCUUGGAGACCACAUUCACACGCAAAGUGGGAGCCUUUGUCAACAAGCCCACAACACAGAUAACAACUGCCAGUCUGGAUUUACCAUUUGCAGCUUUUGCACCCCGGGCCUAUGACCUGGAGGAGAAUGACCCCAUGGUCCACCCACCAGAUUCUCCAGACACAUCGUCUCCUCUUCAAGGCAGCCUGCAUUCCCAGGGCUCCAGUGAGACUGGAGAGCAGGCGCAGGAGGACUUUGUCAUGGUGGAUUUUAAGCCAGCUUUCUCCAAGGAUGACCUCCUGCCAAUGGACUUGGGAACAUUCUACAGGGAGUUCCAGAACCCCCCACAAUUGGCUAGUCUUUCCAUCGAUGUCAGUGCACAAUCCAUGGCUGAAGAUCUUGACUCUCUUCCAGAGAAGCUGGCUAUAUACGAAAAGAAUAUUGAUGAAUUUGAUGCAUUUGUGGAAACAUUACAGUAGGACCAGGAUAGUCCUUCUCUGUCAGCUCCUCUUCCAAAUCUGCCAAAAACAAAAACAAAAAACUAGUCAUUUGUAAAUGGUGUAGUAGGGUUUUGUAAAAUUGCCCCAUUUCCGGUCACAUAAUGCAAGAACUGCAAUUGAACAAUAACUUUGUAGACAUCUGUAGAUAUUUCUGAAACAAUGAAUGUGAGCAGUGAGGUCACAUGGACUUGAUCACUUACAAAGAUAUUUGUUUAAAUGUAAAAGGAUAAUACAAAGAUUCCUGAUGAGGGUAAUUGGUGUCAGAGAUUCUUAAUGAAAAUCAAUACCAUUAUGUCUCACCCUUUCCAACAUUAUCAAAAACAUGACAUGGAUGUAUUUAUUCAUCCUCUCUAAGACAUCUGGUCAUUAUAUGAAAAAGAUGUAUUCAUUCAUUGCACUAAACACUACUGCAACCCCAGCCGUAGACUUUGCUGUACUUAAACUCGUGAAAAAUAGACAAUGUGUUAAAAGACUUUCUGUCCAAAACUUCACUUCAUGCCUAUAAUGGACACUACAUUGCUAAGAGCUUGGAAUAGUUUGUGAUUGUCCUUGUCUAACCUGCUUUUGUAAUCAGAGACAAAAACAUUGAAGGCAUUUUCAUGUUUUGCGCUCUUUUGUAUUUAAUCUAAGAGGGAAGGGAAAUCACAAAUGUCUGUCAGAUUUUGCGCAACUCUUGUAAAUCGUCAUUUACCGUUUCAUGAUGCAAAAGAACACAUUGAUAUAGGCUAUCUAUUUAGACGAUAUCUUAAUUUGCAUUCUUAAAUGUGUUCACCUAGACAGUUCCUCUGACUCUUCUCUGACUUGUUAAUAUAGCAUGUAGGUUACAUGUGUAAUAAAUUGUUUUAUUUCA